AUGAUUAUCUGGUCAUCUAAUUCAACAAGGUCAGUAGUAAAGCCUGUUGUUCAACUCUUAGAGUCUGGAAACCUUGUUUUCAAAGACGGGCUUUUUCGCGAUUCGACCAGUUACAUAUGGCAAAGUUUUGAUUAUCCUACAAAUACUCGAUUACCUGAAAUGAAAUUUGGAUGGGACCUAAAGAUUGGACUAAAUCGUUAUUUGACAUCAUGGAAGAACGUCAACGACCCUUCUAUUGGGGAUUAUUCUUACGGUAUUGAGCUCCCUGGAUUACUGCAAUUUGUUUUACACUAUGGAUCAGUGAAACAAUUUCGUUCUGGGCUAUGGAAUGGAGUUCAAUUUAGUGGUCUUCAAAAUAUUAAGUCUUGUGAACACAGAAGUAACGAUGAUAUCAUCAUGUCCACAAACAAUAUUCGCAUUAUAACCAAAGCUUAG